CUCAUCUCUAGUGGUGGUGGAUGUGGUAUACUUGGACAGAGGGGUGACAGUGGAUGUGGUGUACUUGGACAGAGGGGUGGUGGGGACGUGGUAUACUUGGACAGAGGGGUGGUGGUGGAUGUGAUAUUCUUGGACAGGGGGGUGGGCUGUGGACUGUGGUAUACUUGGACAGAGGGGUGGCAGUGGAUGUGGUAUACUUGGACAGAGGGGGAGCUGAGGACGUGGUAUACUUGGAACAGAGGGGUGAUGGUGGAUGUGUUAUACUUGGA